UCAUGGAUUCUGUCGAGCGCGCGCAGGCGGCGCGGGCUCGCGUGCCCAGGGUCGAUCCAUAUGGGUUUGAAAGGCCAGAAGACUUUGAUUAUGCGGCUUAUGAAGAAUUCUUUUCCACAUACCUGGUGAUACUCACCAAGAGGGCGAUAAAAUGGUCCAAACUUUUAAAGAGAAGUGGCGGCGUCCGAAAAAGCGUGACAGUGAAGCGCUAUGUCCGGAAGGGGAUCCCGUUGGAGCACCGGGCCCGGGUCUGGAUGGCAGUGAGUGGAGCCCAGGCCCAGAUGGACCAGAACCCUGGAUACUACCACCAACUGCUCGAGGGAGAAGGCAGCCCCAGCCUGGAGGAAGCCAUCAGAACAGACCUGAACCGGACCUUCCCCGACAACGUGAGGUUCCGGAAGACGGCAGAGCCCUGUCUGCAGAAGACCCUGUACAAUGUGCUGCUGGCAUAUGGGCUGCAUAACCGUGGUGUGGGGUACUGCCAGGGAAUGAAUUUCAUAGCAGGCUAUCUGAUUCUUAUAACAAAGAAUGAAGAAGAGUCAUUUUGGCUCUUGGAUGCUCUUGUUGGAAGAAUACUACCUGAUUACUACAGCCCAGCUAUGCUGGGCUUGAAGACAGAUCAAGAGGUCCUGGCAGAGCUAGUGAGGAUGAAGCUGCCAGCAGUUGCAGCCUUAAUGGAUGACCAUGGUGUGUUGUGGACCUUGCUGGUGUCCCGCUGGUUCAUCUGCCUGUUCGUGGACAUCCUACCUGUGGAGACCGUGCUUCGAAUCUGGGACUGUUUGUUUAACGAAGGCUCCAAAAUCAUCUUCCGGGUUGCUCUGACCUUAAUUAAGCAACACCAGGAGUUUAUAUUGGAAGCUAACAGUGUUCCAGAUAUUUGUGACAAGUUCAAGCAGAUUACCAAAGGGGACUUUGUGACCGAGUGUCACACAUUCAUGCAGAAAAUAUUCUCAGAACCAGGGAGCUUGUCCAUGACGACCAUCACCAGACUCCGAGAGAGCUGCCGAGCCUCACUGUUAGCACAGGGCUGAGUGCACAGUGUCCUGCUGCACUGCUGGCACAGCUCUUCCACAGUUGACACUUGACCAAUUCCUACUGCUUUUCCUGUUCCUGUUGUAAAUACUUAAAAUCAUAACUCUCUUAAUGCUGAAUUUUUUAAAGACAGAUUUAAAAUCAUGAUAGUUUGUAACUUUUCAGUUAUCUUUGGAGUCAUAAAUUGAUUUUGAUCUAGAAAUGACUCAUCAAAUAAAGGCAUUUGCCACGGA